GCUGAUUGACAAUUGCACUGCAUUUUGGUGGAUACUUAUGCGCCUCAUAUGCACAUGCAUUGUUGUCAACGUUGAUGCUGGCGCCUGAUGUCGCCCGAUAGUCUGACCAUGAACUGACCCCAGCUGGGGCAGCCAUAACUCCAAAGACAGGUGUGAAGGGCAACUGCCAUGACAGCCUUCACUGAAUUUUGAUGCACAACCUGGUCGGCUGUACACUUUCUCCCUCAAAUCAUACCAGCGAUUAUACGAUGUCAAGUCCACUGCACAGCUUUAUUCGAGUCCAUCACCAUUUCUUUCUCCUUUCACUCUCGUUCGCGCCACUCCUUGUCCACUGCGCUCUGGUAGCGCAGCUUACGAACUUUUGCAAUUUACGGCUGGCGACUAGACUCCCUGGCAGAAAUAGACUCCAAUCAUGAACACGGCUUGGACUUCUUUGAUGACUCGCGUGUCCAGUCCUGACCUAGCAGGUAAUACUGGAAUUGGUCCCUAUAACUACGUUCCAUCCCGAGAUGUUGGUAUUGCGUUCGUCAUCUUGUUUGCAAUAUCUACACUUGCGCACAUCGUCCAAGCUGUGCGGUUCCGCAUGUGGUGGCUCUUCCCGACAGCCGUAUUUUGCGGAGUGUCAGAGCUGGUUGGAUGGAGCGCAAGGUUAUACUCCAGCAGCCAUCCCCGUGCGCUCGUUCCUUUUGAAGUACAAAUAUCUGCUACUAUUACUGGUCCAACCCCCUUGAUAGCAGCCAACUUCGUGACCCUGGAGUAUAUCAUCAAGGCUCUUGGUCCCCGUUACAGUAGGCUGAGCCCCAAGAUGUACACAAUAUUAUUCUGCUCGAGUGACGCCAUCUCUUUGACUAUUCAAGGUGUCGGAGGUGCUUUGGCAGCAAUGGCCGCUGGUAACGGAAAGAACCCCACUACCGGUGGCAAUGUCAUGCUCAUCGGUAUCAUCAUGCAAAUGGUCGCCAUCACGCUUUUUGUUAUCUUUUCGAGCGAAUUCCUUCUCCGUUACGCAUAUGACCAGCCGCUCAAGCCACCCGCUGACGAUUUGGAGCGUCACCAAUCUAUUGCAUAUAAGCUUGGAAUAGACUCACGUAUAAAGAUAUCAUUGUAUGCGAUGGGAUUCAACACGACCUGCUUAUUCAUCCGGGCUGUCUACCGGACCGUGGAAUUGAUAGACGGGUGGAAUGGACGGAUUAUAUCCACACAGUUGUAUUUCAAUGUCCUGGAUGGUGGCAUGGUCGUCCUUGCUAUCUUUACGCUUAAUAUAUUCCACCCAGGGUUCCUUAUUCUUCCCAUUCAGCGCCGCUUCUACUCUCUAGAUGCGACACCUUGGUGUGGGAAGGCAUAGGAAGCCUUGGUUUGAUAUGAUUAUGCGUGAUAGUCCACUUGUCGCUAUACAUAUUAUCCGACGAGUGUGGAAGACCUCAAGUAGGGAAUGAGAUCAGAUGUGAUUCUCAAUCACCAAAUAUGGUGUCAGCAAGAUAACGAGUGAAUGAGCAGUUCAGCA